AUGCCGAGCUCGUUUUUCUCCCUACCGUCGUCGCUGCUCUUGCUUUCACUUUCCAACUACUUGGCAACAGCGGAGCCUUGGCCCUACAACCUCCCAAAGCAUGAGAAAUACUGGCCCGAGCACGAGGAGUUCGUCAAACGGGAUGCAUAUAUACACGAACGUGUGGCACGCCAGCCUCCCGCGGGAGUGCAAAAGAUGAGCCAUGAUCCCGGCGAGAAGUUCUAUCUCCACUACUGGCAGUUCGAGGAGGCCACUGGCAGCGCAGAGCAAGUGCCGGAUAGCUUCAGAGCGAGGGCUCGAACGGUGGAUGUGGACGGCGACGAACAUUACUCCAAUACUUCGCUGGCCGAGAACCUGCUACCACCACUCCUUCUGCAUUCCGAAACCUCCGAAGCUGGCCGGAGUCUACUCAGAUUCUUCCAGCGCAAUUUGUUCGACAAGCGCGGCUACGAGUGUCCGACCGGAACAAACAGCUGCACAAGCAUCAACCGACCCAACAGCUGUUGCCCGUCCGACGAGUCCUGCGUCAUCGUCGAGGAUACUGGCGUGGGCGAUGUGGGCUGCUGUCCGGCGGGAACCACAUGCUUGGGCGGGGUUUCAAGUUGCAACACCGACGCCGGCUAUACCAGUUGCCCGGGAAGUGACAACGGCGGCUGCUGUAUUCCCGGAUACAGCUGCCAGGACAUAGGCUGUAUGCAUCAGUAUGGCUACUGUCACCACGACCCUUCCCCCGGCCACGUCUACUGCCAGCAGCACACGAAAAACAUCGACUUCCCGCGCAGACCCGACCACAACAAGCAACGGGGAGACGACGAGCACAAAGACGACGGGGACAAAAACGACGACGGAGAAAUCGUCGAGCUGGGCAGCUUCCACAAGCUCCAAGAAGGCCAGCAGCACCAUCAGCAGCACAAAAACAAGCACAAGCACAAGCACAACCCCGCAGGGCACGCUUACCUGCAGCACAGGCUUCCAGUCUUGUCCUGCGAGCCUGGGCGGAGGGUGCUGCCCGACAGACAGAGCAUGCGGGUCUGCAGAAUGCCCGGCGCUGUCGACGGCAUCCUCCACCUCGAGCAGUGCUAG